AUGAUUCCAAUAACACAUUUGCUUGAAAAUGAGAAUUUGAGUUUAAAUUGGCGUGAUUGCAGUACGACUCAUCUUGAUCAAAAUGCAGCAUCUGGUCUUGCGGCAUCACUUAAUUUUCCAGCUGAAAUUGAUUUGUUGUCAGAACGUUUAUUACAGCAACAAGAACAUAUUCAACGAUUACAGCAUGAGCAUCAAAAUAUAAAUUUUCAAGAAUUACAAAAUCAAUUAAGUGUAGCUCAACAAUUUACAGUUGCUGCCGCAGCAGCAGCUCAAGUUAAUGCAAAUUCAAAACAUAAUCAAUUAAAACAGCAACAAUCUGCUAUAAAUACUUUAGUACAACAGCAGCAACAACAACAACAUCAUCAUCAUCAUCAUCACCAUCAGCAACAACAACAGCAACAGCAACAACAACCAUCUACAGUUUUACAUCCCCAAUCACCAAACCCUGGUGCUUUAGCAUUUUUACCAUUUUUAAGACCACCUUAUCAUCAUCCCGCUGUUCAACCCAUGUGGGAUCCAGCUCAUUUGCAGGCUCAUAUUCAAGCAGCAUUAGCGGCAGCAACUGUUACAAAUAAUACUUUAAAUGAGGCAAAUCUAACUAAUAAUCAAAUGCAACUCCAACAUCAUCAUCAACAUCAUCUUCAUCAUCAACAACAAGACCAACAGCAGCAGCAGCAACAGCAACAGGAACAACAACAACAGCAUUUUAUUCAAAAAAUAAAAACUGAACCAAGACAAAGCAUUUCACCGAUGGCACCAUAUGAUGCAACAACUCAACCUCUUGCCAAUGUGGCAGCGUUAGCAUUGCAACAACAUCAGCAGCAAUUGUCUAGUGAUUUAGAUGCGCCAUUAAAUUUGUCGAAACCGAAAAACUCGCCGAGUAACUCACCAAAAUCUUCUAUAUCAACUCAUUCUUCAUCAACUGUCGCAUCGCUUUUAACAACAACCACAACAACAAGCCAACAGCAGUUAGCAAAUAAUUUACAGCGUCAAUUUUUACCAUACUCGUCCGCUGGUGGACUAGGCUCUGUUGUAUCGUCGUCGCAUUCACAUGCAUCUCGUUUUGAUAUGCCAACUGAUUUAUUACGUAUGUGGGCCGCAAAUACCGAUCAAUUAAAUGUUGCAGCAACGAGUGGCCACUUAUCACAAUUGCAAUCAAAUAGCUUAAAUAAUAAGAAAUCAUCGUCAAUGUUAAUUGAUGAAAUUAAUAACGAUCGUCAAAUACGUUUCACACGGCAUUCUAGAACAAGUCGAGAUUGUGGUAAUGGUUCUAACAACAUGGAUAUAGGUAGUACAGGUGCUUCAAAUUUAUCAAGCAUUAGUAGAAAUUUAUUAAAUGAUGAUGAUAUACGUUUACCAUCAUUAUCAGAACGUAAUAAUAAUCAAAAUUCAGCUGGUGGAGGAGGUGGUGGCGGCGGUAGUGGAGGUGGCAGUACUGGCGGUGCUCGUGGACGUGGUAGUAAUAGUGGUAAUAAUUCUGGUUCAAAUAGUGAACAUCAUCGUGAACCCAGUAAGCCACAUAUUAAAAGGCCUAUGAAUGCUUUCAUGGUAUGGGCAAAAGAUGAAAGAAGAAAAAUAUUAAAAGCUUGUCCAGACAUGCAUAAUUCAAAUAUAUCAAAAAUAUUGGGUGCAAGAUGGAAAGCAAUGUCCAAUGCUGAUAAACAACCAUAUUAUGAGGAGCAAUCAAGAUUAUCAAAAUUGCAUAUGGAGCAACAUCCAGAUUAUCGUUAUAGACCGAGACCAAAACGAACAUGUAUAGUUGAUGGAAAAAAAAUGAGAAUAUCAGAAUAUAAAGUAUUAAUGAGAACAAGAAGAGCUGAAAUGCGUCAGUUAUGGUGUAGGGACGGUAGUGACAAUGUAGCAUAUUUACAAGAUAUACAAUCAGUUAAUGUUGGCGGUGGUAAUCGAGGUGAUGUUAGUGGCGGGGGACUUAAUGCUAAUCAAGCAAAUGCAAAUGAUUCACGUAAUCUUAUUGGUUGUGGUAAUACAUCAAAUUUACUAAAUGAUACACCUGGACCAAGUGGUUUAUUAGGACAUAGAUCCACUUGUGGUGGUAAUAAUAUUAGUAAUAAUAGUGGUACAGGUAUUAUUGGUAAUUGUGGUAGAUCUUCGGUAUCACCUAAAAAUAAUUUUAUGGCAGCAGCAGCAGCUGCUGCUGCAGCUGCAGCAGCUGUUGCUGCUAGUAAUUCACAAAAUUUCUAUUAUCCACCAGAAAGUUUAUCACCAUCUGGUUUUUCAUCAGAAGGUAACGCAACUAGUUUUGAUUCAAGGGACGAUGAUUGAUGGAUUAUAUCAAAAGAUUUUCAAAAUCGUUAUAAUUAAAAAAAAAGAAAAAAACAAAAACGAAGAAAAAAAAAAUACAAUUUAGAUAAAUACUUUAUAAAAAAACAUAUAUUAAUACAUUUAUAAAUAUAUUAAUAUUUAUAUAUAUAUAUUUAUAUAUGUAUAUACAUAUAUAUGCAAGAAAAGUACUAAAAAAAAAAAUAAUGUGCAUAAUUAUUAUGUAUAUUAAUUGUACUUGUUUAAUUUCAAUAUAGUAAUAAUAAUAUUAUAUAAUAAAUAUGUAGUAAUGUUAGAGAAUAUUAUUAAAAUUUAGGUAAUAAUAAUGUAGAAAAAAGAACUUAUUAAAAUAAUGUAUGUAAUUAGUUUAUAUAUUAAUCUGUGCCUGUGUCUCUGUAUAUUGUUCAUGCUAUUAAAACAAAAAUAGAAACAGAUUUAUAUAAAUAUAAUAAAGGAUUUGUUCAUAGAAGAACAGUAUAAAUGCUAGAUUUUAGAGAACAAUGACUACAGAUUUGAAAAUUUUCACUUUACAUAUUUUUACAUAUAUGUACUCGUAUAUGUUUAAAGAAUAAUCUAUAUAGAAAUAAUUUGUACUCAGAUGACUAUUCGACAAGUUUUUGUAAAUUUACAGAUUUGUAUAACAAUAAAAUUUAAUUAAUAUCGUAUUUGGUGCCGCUUUAUUACAAUACAUAAAUUUUUUUUUCCUUAAAAAUUUUAUUUGCAACACAUAAAUAUUUUUUUGAAAUUUAUAAUUAUAUUUUUGACCUUAAAUUAUCGGACAUUUUUAAAUAUUUAAUGUAUAAGGUUAUUCAAGGACUAUGGACCAUAGAAACUACAUUUCCAGGAAAUACCCUACAUUUAUUUGAAAUUAUAUGUAUAUGUAAAGUAUAUGUAUGUAAAUAGCAUAGAGCAAAUAAAAAAAAAACGAAAAACUACAGAGGCGCACACAAAGAACAAAUUAUUCAUUCACAAAAAAAAAAAUAAUUUUUUUUUUGUUAAUUAUAUAUACAAAUACUCGUACAUAUACUCAGAUAUAUUAAUUAGUUGUAUAAAAGAAAAGAUACAUAUGAAGAAAAUAUGUAAGAAUUUUUUUUUUUUUUGUAAAAUAUAAGAAUAAAAUUUUUUCAGAGAUAAAUGUGUGCUUAGGUAUACGUAAUUAUUUACAUGUUAUAUAAAACAAAAAAAAAAACUAUAAUACAAUUAAAACUCAAAAAUGAAAAAAAAAGUAAAAAAAAAAAAUAUAUACGCAAAAUUAAGGGAUAAUUGGAAAAUUUUAGAUAAUAUACUUUUCUUGUAAUAACUAUACACACAUAUAUAUAUAUAUAUACAUAAUACUUAUUUGCUUCUAUCUUUAAGUCUAUAAUACUAAAAAAAAAACAACACAUAGCUGUAAGAUAACUGAACAAUAUAUAAAUAAUACUUUAAUAAUAAGAUUUAAUGAAUUGAGAAACAAAUAAUAAAAAAUUAAUAUGGGUAUAUAUAGGUAAUAAGAAUAAAUUAAUUAAAAAUGUAAAAAUAUGCAAAACAAAAUGAAAACAACCACUCCAACUCCCCUCAAAACACUCCAUUCAAAAUUUAAUUUUAACUCAUUUAUUAUUUAAGUUCAACAUUUAAAAAUCUAAAGUAAAUUUUCUUGAAAAAAAUAUUUACAAAAUCAAUUAUAAAUUAAAAUUAUACUAAAACGCAAUAAUUUUGUGUAGGACUUAAACUAAUUUUAGGAUUAAAGUAAAACGGGCGUAAAGUAAAUCUAUUCUCUUUCAGCCGAAAACUAAUAAAAUUUAAAUUUUCGGAAAGCAUUAAAUAAGUAAACUGUGUUUUGAGUAAAUUCAAUUUGAAAAUAGUAAAUCAUAAAAUAGUAAAACUAAUCAAUUAGUGCAAUGGGAUUGGUCUCUUUAAUUUCUGGAUUUAUAAACUAUAUUCUGGAUUUGAAUGAUUUUUUGCCACAACAAAGAUUAUCUUAUUCUGAUUUAAUUCAUCUAUAUGAAAUCCGAAUUUUCAAAAAAAUGCACUUAGUGCUUUCUGCUUUUUAACCGACGAUAUUUUCUAAAAAUUUCAAGUUGCUGAUUUACCCAUAAUUUAUGUAUUUGCAAAACGCUGACUAUUAUUUAUUUUAACCAGUAUGUUAUUAUUUCUUUUAAUUUUUUUUUUUUAUUUCAUACAUAAAUGUAUGCAAUAUUUUUGGUAUAUGAAAGAAAUUAAUUUAAUAGCGUAAUGGAUUGUUUUGUGAGAGCCACGUGGUUUACGUUUAUUCAGUUCUAGAAUAAAUAUAGAUCCAGAAUAAAUAUAGAUCCAGAAUAAAUAUUCAGUUCUAGAAUUAAAAUAUAAAUCGUUCGGAAAUUACUGGUUGCAAUAAAGUGCGUUCGAAAAUUCAAUCUUUAAUAAAGAAAUAUCAGAAAUGUAGUGCAGACUUCUAGUUUAAAUUUUGUCGCUGCCCUCCUGAAACUUCUUCUUUUUUCUUUGAAAUUUAAAAUUCAAAAAAUAAAUUAAAUUUCAAAAUGGCAGAUUCAGAUAUUGAAGAAUUAUUAAAAUAGGUUUUCUUUAAGUCUUCAAAUCUUGUUAAAAUUUCUAUAUUUUGCAGUGAAUUGGAGGGCGAAAAGUAUUCCGGUACUAUUUCAUAAACAAUAUCAUUUCUGUUAUUUUUGAAUGACUAAUUAUUUAAAAUUUUUAGAAUUUGUAGACUGCGUAAACUAAAAAAACUUAACUGAAGUUUUUGCAUUCUGUUUAACGGACUUAGAAAUUUUAGUUUUAAUGUAGAACUUUGAGCGCAGCGUGCAUAAAUGAAAACUCCCCCAAAUCCAAAUUUAUAUAGGACUAAAAUCGAAAUUUCAAAUUCUAUAUUUUAUUAUAAACUCAUAUACAUUUCGUCGGUAUUGUGGAAGAGUCACGAAAUUUACGUUUUACAGAAAAAUUCAGAAUUUUCUAAACUAUCUUUAUAACUAAUCCCACGUAACUCUAACGUUAGCAUUUAAAAAAAAAAUAAUGUUGUUAAUUUUACACACAUAUGCAAAUUGAUAUUAGUGUAUAUAUUUUAAAAUGCAUUUUUCUUGAAACACAAAAUAAGAAGUUUCGUGACUCUUCCAUAAUACUUACGAUAUAUGAAUAUAUAUAGUUUUGAAUAAUCGACUUAUCUCCUCAAGAGUGAUGCAUUUAUAUAGUAAAGAAUAUAUAUAAGUACAUAUUGGAGACACUUAUAUAAUUAAAUGUUAAUGGUUGAAAUUUAAUUAUUAAUUAAAAUUAUUUCUAAUUUCUAUAUAAAUUUUUUAUAUACCUUUAAAAUUAUAAACAAACUUUCAAAAGUGAUUUCCAAAAAAAUUUGAUUAUGUAUUGAAUUAUAAAUUAAUAUAAUAGUACAUUCCAAUUUUGUAGUCAAGUUGAGAGGGGGAGGGUAGUAUCAAGUUGAGACAGCAUAUUGAAAAAAAAAGUAUAUUUAAUAUACACUUCUCAAUCUGUCAAAAAACAGUGAUGAUUUUAAAAACAAAUACUUACAAUUUUGCGUCAUCAUGUUACAGUUAUUAAAUAUAGUUAAUUUAACUGUUUAUAUAGGAAUCCGAUUGCAGUUACAGUUUUUCUUUUAUUAAUACGGCAAUGUAACUCUGAAAUUUUUUAUAAACACCCUGUAUGCCAUUAUGUUUUUUUUUCUUUUGCAUUUAAAUUUUAAAUAAAAUUGUUUAAUAAUGUCAAAAUUUUCGUUCUGCUUAUUUUAAAAUUAUUUUCUAAUUAAGUUUAAAUUUUUC